UCGAUGAUCAAAAAUGGCCAACAACAUGUCAGAUAGAGUUGAUGUGAAAAAUAUAUUCUCGUCGUUUAUAUCGACAGGUGUCGGAAAAUGUCCGAAAAUUUCGCCAGAUAUUGUGAUUAACAAUGAAGAUGAUAGUGAUGGUGAUGAUAUGAAUCAUACUUCUAAAGACCAAACACCAAACGAUCCUCGGAAUAAAACAAAAUAUUUAAACAGAGUUAGGUCAUAUAUUGUUCGGACUUGGUUUGCUAAACCCUUGUCUUCAUCACCAAUGAUCUGUGCACGAUAUUGUUGGCAGAACACUGAUGUUGAUAUGCUACACUGUGUUUGUUGCAAAGCUGCUCUUUGUGCCAAGUUGCCAGCUUCUUUCAAACAAGAAUCGUAUAAAGAAUUCUGUGAGAAGCUGAAGAAAUCCCUGGUUGCAACUCAUGAACCACUGUGUCCUUGGUCAUCUAAUCCUAGUCCAGAAUAUUAUUCAAUGAUUAACUGCCACCACAAAGACAAAGUAAUUCAAGGGUUUUCCAACAGGAUCAACCAAAUUAUGUUGAUUUUAAUAUCCGUUCAUAAUUAUGGGGAGUUCCUGAAGGAAUAAAAAAGCUGAAGAAGAAAGGUGGUUUUAAUUUGCUUACGUCAAUUGUAGCAUAUACAAUUUUGUAUUAUAAUAAAUCUUUCUAGUACAGGCAAAUAUUCUGGGAGGCGGGUAGACAAUUACACUGACCCCAGUGUUCGACUGCUACAUCACAGACCCCGAAAGGAUGAAAGGUAAAGUGAGCAUCGGCGGAAUUUGGACUCAGGACGUGGACGACAUGCCGCUAAGUAUUUUCUCCGGUCCUGCUCGCCAUCUUAAUAAUAAUAUUAAUUAUCAUUUCUUUAUUGCCCACAAGGGGUUAAACAUAGAGGGGACAAACAAGGACAGACAAAAGGAUUAAGUCGAUUACAUCGACCUCAGUGCAUAACUGGUACUUAAUUUAUCGACCCCAAUUAAUAAUAACAACACCACCACCACCAACAACAACAACAACAAUAAUAAUAAUAAUAAUAAUAAUAAUAAUAAUAAUAAUAAUAAUAAUAAUAAUAAUAAUAAUAAUGGUGAUGAUGAUGAUCCUUUCUAUUGGCAGUGCAAAGCCUCAAAUUUGGGGAAAGUGAUUAAGUCGAUUACAUCGAUUCCAGUGCGUAGCUGGUACUUAUUUAAUCGACCCUGAUGAUAGGGCAGAGGGCAGCAGGGCCCGAAUGGGUUGUGUAGAAGUGGCUUUAUCACGUGACUUCCUGCUAGGAAUUCCAAAAGAACCUAAUCCAACUACUCCUAUACUUUCCUUUAAAUUGUCCUUACUUUGGACCAACCAAAGUUAAAAACAUGAGUUAACCAUUUUGAAGAUUUACUGUUGGGUACUUUAGCAAAGAAUUUCUUGAGGAACGUAAAUUGCUUUCCGACGGAAAUGGCGCCAUGGAUUCAUCUCUUGAAAACGUAAUGGUAAAUGUAACAGUGGAGGCGCAAUGGCCCAGUGGUUAGGGCAGCGGACUCGCGGUCAUAGGAUCGCGGUUUCGAUUCCCAGACCGGGCGUUGUGAGUGUUUAUUGAGCGAAAACACCUAAAGCUCCACGAGGCUCCGGCAGGGGAUGGUGGCGAACCCUGCUGUACUCUUUCACCACAACUUUCUCUCACUCUUACUUCCUGUUUCUGUUGUGCCUGCAAUUCAAAGGGUCAACCUUGUCAUAGUCUGUGUCACGCUGAAUAUGCCCGAGAACUACGUUAAGGGUACACGUGUCUGUGGAGUGCUCAGCCACUAGCACGUUAAUUUCACGAGCAGGCUGUUCCGUUGAUCGGAUCAACUGGAACCCUCGACGUCGUAAGCGACGGAGUGCCAACAACAAAUGUAACAAAUGAAAAUAUUCUUCAACCUACAACAUCCUUAACUAAAGCAAAAGUGGCUGUGAGUAAGAAACAAAGCAAAAACAAUCCCCCGCUCCCACCAAAAACAAACAAACAAAAAAAAACAAAAAGACAAAGAAAAAAAUAAAUAAGAACAAAACUGAGUUACGAGCGCCAAAUCAGUACCUGUUGUAGGUACUUCCAGAAAUUAGUCGUAACUAUGCAUUUAAACCAAAUUGAUACUAGUAAGGAUUAAGAAUUAAAAAAAAGCUCAUUGUCCUGCCGAAUUUUAAAAUCCAUUGAAAUCGCUACACAAACAUCAAUUACAAAAAAGUCCCCCCCGCCCACACUAAUAAAUUAGCCGCGUAAUUUAUAUCAACUUAUAUUUAUAGAAUAAGGUAAGAUUGAUGAUUAAGAUAAUUAUGUUAUACAUCAUCGAGACUGUUAUUCUAACUGGGUUUACCAAAGGCACAGAAUGCAAUUUCACACAGAAUUCUACGCACACACCAACAGAUGUGGCUUAUCGAUUUAUAGAACACCUUAGCCUUGUCCUGUAAAUAAUUAAAUCUCACGGUUAGAUUCCUCUAUUUUGAGGAAUUCUGUUUUGUUAAUGGUUAAUUUUACGUAGAGUACACAAGAAUUGGAAAGCUACCAUAAUCUAUAUAUUUUAUGACUCUACUGGUAAAAUACAAAUGCAAAAAAAAAGAAAAAAAAUUCAUAUUGUAUAACUCGAUUUUCAACGAAAUUUCUAUUGUAUAUAAAAACUACUUGGGUUGUGAUUGGUAUAAAUCUAAUAAUAUAUAAGCGAAUGUUCGUCGCAACUUUCAAUAUAAUUUUUUUUUAUCAUUGCACAUAUUUACAAGUGUCAUUUUACACAAAUUAUAAGAAUGAUUUCAUUUAUUUUAUUGGGUGUUUUACCUCAUCACAUACUGGUUUCAACUCAUUUAAAAGAUUAUUUUAUAGAUUAAAAGAUCGAGAAUUUAAAAUUAUAUUUUUAAGUUUAAUGACAAAUGGAAUAAAAUUGUUGUUCUACAAUUUC